AUGUUGUGGUUACAAAAGCUCAUGGAGUUCGCACGAAAGGUAUAUAGAUUAGAGGAAAGGCCGAUGGUAAGUUUGAAGGCUUCUAUCGUUAAACCUACAGAUGCUCAAGAUGUCUUUAAUGAUUGUGAUACUUCUUAUCCUAAUAAUGUGAUUGAUGUUAUUCAUAAUGUUAAGGCCUCAACUCUGAAAUUGGUCCUGAUAACCCCAUGCAUAAUGUCCACACCCACUUUAAAUCUAAAGAUGUUGGCUAUAACAUUAAUGUAUGUAAAUAUGUCACUAAAGAUAUCAAUAAAAAAUGUUAAUGAAGAUGUCAAUAAGGAUGAACUUGAAAGUGAAGAUGUUAAUGAGAAUGCCAUUAUCAAUGAUGACUUUGCUAAUGAGAUUUCUAUUAGAAAAUUACCUAGAAAAGGAAAGAAGAUUAUUCCUAGAAAUACAGAGCAUGGUGUUGAGGAACUUAACUUGUUACACACAUAUUGCAUGACAUUGAUGAUAAUUUACAAAUUAUUUGAUGGGAAACACAUCCAUGACAUUAGUUUUCCCAAAGUUCAUGGUAUUGUCAAAUUUGGUUUAGUUGGUGAUGAAGAUAUGCCUAAUAUGGCACCUAUGUUUGGGCCGGUGAAAAUUCAAAUCCUCAAGGAACUUAUCCAUGAAGCCAAGGCUUUGUAG